AUGAAACUUUUCUCUGUUGCAUUAAUUGCAACUUUGGCUGGCAGUGUUGCUGCCAAUAGCUCUCCAUUUUCAACCUUUAAUGACAACGAUAUCAAACAUUUUUUAAGAGAUUUGAAAGUUGAUGUUGAUGAAAAUACACCAAGUGAUAAAUUGAAUGAACAAGCCCAAGAAGAAUUUGACAAGUUACAAGCUGAGUACAAGAACCGUAAAUUUACCAUCGAUGUCACGGAUGAUGGCCAACAACAAAUUUUGAAUUUGGCAACUGAUCCCAAUGCUGAUUUAAGUGUGAUAUUUCCUCACAAUUUAGAUUAUUUAACCAAUAAGGACUUGAAUCCAUCUGGAGAUUAUUAUUCUCAAGUUAAAAACUGGAUUUUCGAAUCAUGGACUAUUGAUAAUUUGAAGAGUUUUUUGAAGUCCAAUGGAAUUAGUUUUGAUAAAACUUCAACAAGACAAGAUUUGAUUGAUUCCGCUAAGAGUUCUUGGGAUGAUAUUCUUGAAAAAUUCCAAGUUUCUGGUAAUUAUGCUGGUGAUUGGUUAUACCAAGGAUGGUCAAUCGAUGAUGUUAAGAACUGGUUGAAAGAGCAUGACUUAACUUAUGAGGAAGAUUUAUCGAGAGAAGAUUUAUUAAAAAUGGUUAAGGAAAAUAAUUAUAUUGCUUCAUUAUCAAACAUUGAUAAUAAGCAAUCAUUACUUGACUCGUUAAAAUUACCGGAAAGACUGAUUUUUGAUGAUGCCGGUAAAAUCAAGGACGAUUUUAUUAACGAAUGGAAUUACUCUCAAUUAAGAGAAUGGUUAUAUAUGCAUGGUUUGAUUGAUACUAAACCUAAUGUUGAAGCUAAGGAUUUGGAUAUUGACAAGUUGCAAAAAAUGGUAAAGUCGCAUGAAAAUUAUUUAGUUAAUGAUAUCAAGAGUUGGAUUGAAACUACCAAGGAUCAUGUUGAUCCAUACAUUGGUAAGAAGACCAACAGCUGGCAAAAAACAUUGGAUAACUUUAUCAAUUCAUCCUUUUUAGUUGGUAUUGAUAACUGGUCAAAAGAUCGUUUAAAAGAAUUUUUAAAAGUACGUAAUGUUAAAUUUUCUCAAUUUUCCACCAAACGUCAAUUGAUUGAAUUGGUCAAAUCUCUGAAGAAUAUCCCGGUCAAGACUCAACAAGCAAUUGGAAUUCCAUCUAACUGGUAUUUUGAUAGCUGGUCGACUGAAGCCAUUCGUCAAUGGUUACAAGAAAAGGGGGAAAAAGUUGAUGGUUCAAGACAAGAAUUGAUCAGCUCAAUUGCAGAAUAUUAUCAAAGCUUACAAGAGAAUGCAUCUAAAUCGAUUGACGAGCAAAUCAAGAAUUAUAAACCUGAUUUGGAUGAGUAUAAGAAGAGCAUUGAGGAAUCUUACGAAGCCACCAAGGAAAAAGCUGGUGAAACCAAUUCGAUUGCUGAUGAAACGUUACUUGCGGCCUAUUCCAUUUCAAUUGAGCACUAUAAUCAAGUUGCGAAAGUAUUGAAGAAUAAAUAUAAGGAUAAUAGAUUUGAAGUGAAUGAUGCUUUGCAAAAAGCCCAACAAGCUUCCUACGAGUACUCGCAACAAUUAAUCAACAACUCCAAAGAAAUUAAGGUGAAGGAUAAUAUUGAAGCUGCAGUGAAUGCCGCCACAUUAUACGCCGAUGAUUUGAGUAACCAAUUGAUUGAAACGUAUAAAAUUCAAAAACCAAAAGUGGAGGAGUUUAUUGAUGAGGCACAAAAUUACAUCAAGUAUUUUGGAAACUACGUUAAUGAAGCAUUUCAACAACAUAAACCAAAAGCCGAACAAGUGGCCCAAGAUGCGUAUGCAUCCGCACAAAAGGUUGCCAACGAUGCCUAUGAAUCCGCUAAAGACUAUGCUGAUUCUGCCAACGGUGUUUUGAACGGAAAGUAUCAAGAAGUCAAACCGCAUGUUGACGAAGCAGUUGAGCAACUGAAGCAAUAUGCCAGUGCCGCCCAUCAGAAUUAUAUCGAAACCAAACCUAAAGUGGCCGAAGCUUACAAUCAAGCCAAUGAAGUUGCUCAGAGUGCCUAUAGCCAAGCCAAUGAAAAGGCCCAACUGGCGUAUUCCGAAUACAAACCAAAGGUUGUUGAUACUUAUAACGAUGUUAACGAAGCUGCAUGGAGUGCUUACGGGGAAUACAAACCAAUUGUGGAAGAGGCUGCUCGGGUUGCAUAUGAAUCAGCCCAAAGCUAUGGUGCUGAUGCCAACGAAGCAGUCCAGCUGGUCUACGGUGAAUACAAACCAAAAAUCCAGGAUGCUAGUAGAAAAAGCUGGGACUACGUAUUAGAAUCAUGGUCCAACGCUGAUUUGAAACAAUACUUGAACAGCUUUGGAUUCGAUUCUAACUUCUUGAAUGAGCUCAACCGGGGCUCGCUCCUCAAACUCUCCCAGGAACAACUGAAGUUGUUUUACGGUGAUUCCAAGAGUAAAUGGGAUAAGCCAAUUGUGAAUGUGUUUACCGAUGCAUCUGCACAACUCCAAAAGAAACUUGGUUUGAGUCCUAAACCAACCUCGGUCUGGGACCGUCUCAGAGGGUACUUCUAG